UUGUUUAAACAAAACUUUAAAUAAUUCAAACAAGGAACAAUGGGGAGGCUUGUCAAUCGAGGUCAGAGGUCACGUAAACCGGAAAUGAUAGCAGAAAAAUAAAUCGGGAACUGAUUUUAUACACACAACCACCUAGAGAAAAAAGUAGCUAUUCUGUUCUCAAACCAAAAAGGUUUAGAUUUAAAUCUAGAAUCUAGGUCUGAAAUGAUUGUUAUGAAUUAUUCAGUAUUACCAGCCGCAUAAGGCAUUGGAACUUACAAUGGCAUCUAUUUCAGAUAAAGAGGAAGAUACAAAUAAUCAUUUUUCUUCUUCAAAUGUGAUGGUAACUAGGCCAAAUUCUGGAAAUGUCAGACAGGCAGAAAAGCCGCCAGUGGCUGCGAAACCAAAAAUCGCGCCCCCUCCUCCACCUAAACCCACCAGUUUAUCUAACUCUAACCAUCCCUCCCCCACUCUACCUUCAGCCAACUCUCACGACACAGACAAUACCCAGCCUCAUUCAUCUCAAAAUGGUACAAUGGAUAGAGCAAUGUUAAAGGAGCUCAAGUUAAAGUUAUCAUCAGAAACAUCAUCGACCAAUUCAGAAUCUGAAAAAUCUCUAGAAUGUCUUUCUACAGCUCCACCUCCGCUACCUGCCUCCCCUCCUCCAGUUGUUGGCCGACACAUUUUAUCACCCUCAUCAUCUCUCUCUCUUCCAGCAACAUUCAGAUCCAAGAAUUUAAAUUCUCAAAAUAAAAAUUCUGCACAUAGUCAGCUCCAUGUAAAUGCUACAUCCUCACCCUCACCCUCACCUGUAGAUAUCUCAUCAAAUCAUGCCCAUCUUCCAAUGUCUUCCAACGCUACCAACUCCACUGUUUUAAACAUCAUCACUGACCACAGUGAAAACACUGAGAAUAAUUUACCCGAGGCCCCAGCAACAGAGACCAACCCCCAUACCAACACUACCAACUCCAGUCCCACAUCUCCUUCACAAGUCCAGCAUCCUCGGCCCCAGGUUCCAAAACGGCCAUCCUACCCACCUCAGCAGUCCAGCUCACCUGUUAGUUUUCCUAGCAAAAGUAACUCCCCCCAGCUGUCUCCAAGUGCCCCCACUGUGAAGCUGAAGCACACAGGGCCCCCCACACGCCCUGCCCCUCCCUUGAAAAAAUCCCCCAACCCUCCACCCUCUGCAAGUCAGCCAUUACCUGCUGCAAGCCAACCUUUGCCUGAUAAAACACUGUCAUCUAUUAAGCAACCUUUAAACAAUGCAGAAAAGAAGCCUGACACUGAACAGAAAACUGGUCAGCCUCCGCCACUUCCAAAAAAUCCCCCUAGGGGCUCGGUCCCACGUAAACGCAGAAGCUCAACCUGCAAGACAACUCCAACAUCAGAGAAAAAACCUCAGUUUCCUGUCAGUCAAACAGUUGUUGACAGUUCUGACAAAGCUCGUCAUAGUUCAGUGGUAGAAGACACCAGUGGCUGUCAAAACCUCAAUGUAAAUGAUUCUAAUGCUAAUACUAUAAUCACAUCCAGUGAAAGUCAAGCAAGCAUAAAAGUACCCCCGAAACCUUUGCCUAGGACUAGAGUUUCUUUGCCCCUGUCAAAUGAUGAACAAGUUUUAGACCAAAAGGUAAACAAUAUCGUUGAUACAAAAAAUCAUACAGAGGAUUUGAAGAAUUCAAACCAAGAUCUUCACAUUCCUGCUGAGAGUGUGUCAUCUAACAGUGAUAGUGUGUCACCAUAUAGUGAGAUUGUGUCUCCUGCUAGUGAAACACUUGAAUUGGACUAUGUUGAGGUGUAUCAUGGUGAUGCAGAAGAUGAUGAAGUAAAAGCUGAUAGGCUGAUAAUCAAAGUUGCUGAUGAAGAAUCAGCAUCCAGCAAAAGAUUAAAAUACUCAAAAAUUAUCAUUGGGAAAAGUGCAAUAGAGGAAAAGCACCCCAGAGUUAUUUCAGACCAGGAACUUUCACAAACAGACAGUGCGUGUACUGAACUUAAUGUAGAAACUGAAAUCAAAGAUUUUAAUGAGAAUUUAGACACUAAUAGUUCAAGACUUAGUCGGCUAAGUGAACAAAGUAUUUCAUUAGAACCUGAAGCAACAUGUGAUAUGCUCAAAGAGAUUGAAGAACUUUUGAAAAGUAAACUUGGAGAUGCAAAUUUUGAUAUAGAAAAAAAAUCAGUUGAUAUUGAGAAAUCUGGUAACUCCAGGGGUUCUCAGUCUUCUAGUCCUCAACGGCCACCAAGACCAAAACGCCAGGCUAGUAUAUGCAGGCAUCGGGGUAGCCUAGAGUCUCUAACUCAAUCAAUAGAUAGUACCAGUACUGAGUGCAUUAAUACAAGUGGUCUAAGCUCAGGGGGUAAAAAAAUCCCACCGAAACCUAAAAGAAUGUUUGUCAGCAAAGUGAACCGCAGCAACUCAGAUGUGACUGGCAUGAAGUCUCUUGUAGACAGUGUAGAGAACUCUGCAGAUAUGGAUCACUACCAGCAAACGCAGGACGGCAAACCUUAUCUGCCUCCCCGUUUAGAUUCUCUCAAGAGAAGUGAGUCAUGCAGUUCUUCUGUUACACCACCCCCACUACCCCCUCGUAACAAGCCGAGCUCUGCAGAUACUGCUGGCAAAGUAUACAAUCAAGGUAAGGUCGGCACAGGAGAUUCCAACACACCUGUCUCUAGCAGGAAGAAUCCAUUCAACACAGACACAGGUGAUUCAACAUACAAGCCUUCACUAGCCACACCCCCUGAUACAGGAUCGUCAACUUUAAAAAGGUCCUCUAAACCAAGACCAACAAGAGUUGCUCCCCCACCUCCACCUGGACCACCAAAAAGAGCUGCAACUUUCAGUACUGGGGAUACUAAACAAAACAGUGGAGAAGAGAGAGAGAAUAUAAGUGAUGGAUCUAGCGACACCUCAGACCCUGCAGCUUUAUUGAAGGGUUCACUGUAUCAAUAUAAAGCUGCCGUAGAUGACCAUGACUACCAUGAAAUUACUGAACAUUCAAGGGUUAAAAAGGCAGAGAUGACCCCUCCCCCAGAACUUCCUCCCCGCCUGUUCAGAUCAAACUCCCUCAAGAGUAAAGAAAGAUCAUCCUCAAAAGACAGCCUCACCCAGCUGACAUCUACCUCUCUGAGAGGCAGCACUGAAUCUUUAAAGUCCCAAUCACCAGAAACUGCUAGGAUUGUCCCAGUCAAGAGACUUAGCCCUGAGGAUCAAAGACUGAGAGAGAAAAGGGCCAAAACUGCUUUAAUUCAAAAAGUAGCUCAAGGCUUGGGCUUUGGUAAAGGUGCUAAAAAGUCCAAGUCCUUUGAAUCACCAGAGCCGAACACAUCACAUACUGUAAACACCAACACUCCUGUCAAAACUGUCAUAGAGUCAGAGCCAGCAAACACUGAGACUCCACAUGUUGAAGACAUCCAACCCGCAGAAAUUCAAGCGACGGAUCUGCCCGCUGAUGUAGCGCCCACAGGCUCUACCAGUUCUUCAGAUCAAAGGUCAUCAACAAUCAGCCAGCAGAGCUCUAACAGCGAGCAGGAAGUUCAUGUCUUUGAUCACCAGGUCAUUGAGGAAAUACCCAGCUCAGAGAGUGAAUCUGAACCUGAGCCAGAUAAGGAAGAAAUUUAUGCUCAAAGGAAAGCAAAGAAAGUGUUUUUCAUAGCAAAAGAGAUCAUGUCAUCUGAAAGUACUUUUGUUGAUGUUCUCCGGCUGCUAAAUCUGGACUUUAGAGUUCAUGUGUCUAUGGCCACUGAGAGACUAGGUCAACCUGUCAUCCCUACAGAGACUUUAAACAAAAUCCUGGACUAUUUGCCUCAGCUUCUAAACUUUAAUGAAGAUUUAUUAAAGGAUCUCACUGAACGAAUAGAAAAAUGGGAAAUCAAUCCAAGAAUUUCUGAUGUAUUUGUAAAAAAAGGUCCAUUCUUGAAACUAUAUUCUACGUACAUAAGCAACUUUGAGAACGCAACAUCUCUAUUAGAAAACUCAGCCAAGAAAUAUCCAGCUUUUGCGACUGCCCUAAAAGAGUUUGAGAUGAGUCCUAGAUGUGCCCACCUUGCCCUAAAACACUUCAUGUUGAAACCCAUACAGAGAAUUCCUCAGUACAAGUUGUUGCUUCAAGAUUAUCUCAAAAACUUGAGCCCUCUGUCUUUAGACUACAAAGACACUAUCACUGCAUUAAAUAUAGUCUCUGCUGUAGCUGAUCAUGCCAAUGAGAGUAUGAGACAUGGGGAUAAUGUGCAAAAAUUGCUUGAGAUUCAAAGGUCACUAAUUGGUCAGUUUGAAGUCAUUCAGCCUGGAAGGAUUCUGAUCAAGCAAGGUGAAUUACAGAAACUUUCGAGAAAAGAGAUGCAGCCCAGAAUGUUUUUCCUGUUCAAUGAUGUUCUUUUGUAUACUACUGGUACAGCCACAGGCUACAAAAUAAAUAAUAUUUUACCCCUAGCUGGGAUGAAGGUAAAUGCACCUAAACUUGAAGACUACAGAUAUGAAUUUAACAUAAUUGGUUUCCAGCGUUCGUUUACACUAAGUGCAAGCACACCAAAAGAGAAAGAAGAUUGGGUGUCAGCGCUACAAGGUGCCAUAGACAAGAACGCCAAGAGACAUCAAACAUUUGACCCUCUAAAGCAGAGCAAGGAUUUUGUUCUUGGCGCCAAAGCCCCGCUGUGGGUGCCUGAUGCUCGUGUGACCAUGUGCAUGGUCUGUCUUGUGGAGUUUACUUUAACCUGGAGAAGACAUCAUUGUCGAUCUUGUGGGCGGAUCAUCUGCUCCCACUGUUCUGACAACAAAGCCCCUCUACAGUAUCUGAACAACAAGCCUGCCAGGGUCUGUGACCACUGCUACACACAGCUUCAUGCGGAAAUCUUGAAAAGAAUUGAAGCAGCCGAGCUCCAGAAAUCCGUGUCUCCACCAGUGUCGCCGCCAGCGAGGGAAGAUUCAGCAGCUUCUCCAACCAGUGCCAGCUGUGAGGAUGUUGUUGACGGGGAGAUGAAGUGUGAGGUCAACGUUGACUCCAGCCUGAACCUGCAGAACCUGCUGGCCAGGUUUCAGAAGCUGAGACUCAGCAACAGGAAAAAUAACCAAAGCAGGCCGUCAGUCCUUAAGGAGGUGAAGGCUAACGAUGAAGGCUCAGAUAUGAGUGGCUACCUAAGAGCAUACAAGUCCAGGAAAUGGAAGCGCCUGUGGUUUGUGGUGAAAGGAAAAGUACUGUACACCUACAAGGCUAGUGAGGAUGUGGCAGCCACAGAAAGUAUGCCCCUGCUUGGCUACGAAGUUACCUGUCUCACCACACCAUUUGAAGGUGCUGAGCCACACUACCUGUUUGAGCUAACACACAAGAACAACCAGCCUUUGCUGAAGAAAAAUCUCAGUGAGAAAACUACCCAGAGGCUGAUCUUCCGCACUGACACGGCAGAAGCCACCACCAAGUGGGUCACUGUUCUAAAAGAAGCCUCCCUCACUGAUUUCAACUGAACAUUUGGAUGUAAACAACCAAAAAGUUGAUGAUGCAUAAUACUUCACCCUUAGAUGGAUGUAAACAACCAAAAAGUUGAUGAUGCAUAAUACUUCACCCUUAGAGAUUACCCUGUAUAGAUGUAUUUGGGUGUAGAUGACAUGAUGUAUACACAUGACAGUCAAAUGCUGUAUGUGUGGUGUCAUGUACCUGUACCCACCUGGGAGAGUUUAUUUAUUCUGUUGUUUGACAACCUGGCUCAAGUCUGGUCUUUCCUGUGUACAAUUGAAGUAAGGCUUGUGAUGUAAUUUAGAGCCCUUUGUACAAUACAUAGCCUGUGUAGUUCUGGCUUGAAGCCUUCCUCUAGCAGUCCUUGUAUAUAACAACCAACUAGAGCCCCCAAGCAAUUAUUAUCUCCAUCAAAUGGAUCAAAAGUUGUAUAUACAAAAAAUAAACUAAUAUUCAAAAGUAUUUUAAGCAAUCAUGUACACACAUUUUCUGUAACUUUAAUUGUAAAAAUGCUUUGUAAAUUAAUUUUAAAUUUUACGACUUUUAAAAUUGGUAACAGCUUAAAGGUUUGAAUUAGUUCAUUCUUGUAACUUGUUAUUCCGCGGUUCUUUUAAACAAGAAUUUAUACACUUUUUAAAGAGUUUUUUCUUUGUGAAUACUAUAAAAUAUUUUAAAUUACUAUAAACAUUUUAAUGCAGAAAGAUAGAAAGUUUAAAACAAGUAUGUCCUGCUUCCAUGAACUAAGAUUGUGAUAUAUGCUGAGAGCUGCAUGUGAUACAGAUCACUGUUUGAACAACAUUGCCCUAUUGUAAUUAGCACCCUGUCCAGACAUAAUUUCUUGUAUGUAUCUACAGUUCUAUGCAUAUUUUAUGUGGGUUUUUUUUAAAUUGUGUACAGUCAUGCUGUUGUUUUUUUUAAACCUAAGAGUUUUAAAUUGUAGCACAUGAAGACCAAUGUUGAUCAAUACUAAUCUUCAUAUCCAUUUGAAGAAAUCUUUUAUAAUGGGUUUUUUAUCCUAAAGCUUCCAUCACAAUUACGGUCUGGUCAAAGAAUUUAUUAGAUAGAAAUGACGAGAUUUUGAGAUAUGGUUCCUGUGUUUCUGUAGAAGUUGAUGUAAAACAAACUAUUGAUGACAAAGGAGUGAAUAAAUGAAAAUUGUGGGUUAUGAUUGACAUAACAUUCCACGGCGCCAGAUGGCGUUGGUCAUAUCAAGAUGUAGGGACAUCUCUAGUGGCUCUCAGAACUUGAUGCCAAUCAGCUUUUUCUUAGACUAGUUCAAUCCUUCCUCUGUUGGUCAUAUCAAGAUGAAGGACAUCUUUAGUGGCUCUCAAAACUUGAUGCCAAUCAGCUUUUUCUUAGACUAGUUCAAUCCUUCCUCUAUGAGCACAACAAAGACCAGAGCCUGGCUUUUUAAACUAUGCAUAAGAUCAUUUUAUUUGAAAACUAUACAUGAAUGACUAUUUUAAACUUUAAUUUUUAUAUUCCUUUUUACUUGUAGAUUUUUCUCCUGUGUGCCUUUCCCAUUUAACCUUACAGAAAUCUAUUUACACAUUGUUUAAUCUAAUCCUGUAUUGGUUUAUGUUUGGGCAAACUGUUUUAAUGGGUGUGUAAUUCAGCAUUAUUUUUCUCUGAUUGUCAGGGGAGAUAACUUUGUUGAAGUUCUGAUCAAAUGAGAAACUAUGUGUCUAACUACUCCAAGCUACUAACAUUUGUUUUUAUUUUUUAAAGCACAAUUCAAGAAAGUACAAUUACUUUCUGAACUCAUUCAAUUUUGAAAUUUUAUGGUAUGUUUAUUCAUCUUGCGAUCACAUCUCUUGAUAUUAUUUUGUACAUCUACGCAUUUUUUUGUUUACCAUUCAGCAUUUUUGUCUUUUACUUUGUUAAUUCUGCUGGCCUUUGUCUUUAGUUGUUGCAAUAAUGGCACAAUAAUGUUUAUUCUAAUGAAUGCAUGACAUUUUAAAAUCUUUUAUUUUACCUUUUAUCUUACACCAUGUUCCAUCACGUAAUAAUAAUAAUAUAUACAUUUUUCUUACCUUUUUAUACCUUUUAACAAGCUUCUAGCAAUAUUUCUACUUAAGAUGAACACAACAUUAGCAAAUUGUAAAAUGAUUUUUAAUUUCUUUACAAGAUAAAGCAGUCUUCCAUUUUUAGAGCCAAUUUUUUUUCAUAUGUAUUUUAAAUGACAUAAUCAAGUGCUUUUAGGAAUAUUAUUUUUUUUUGCAUGCGAUACAAAUGAUGGAUUUUUCUAUUAGUGCAAUACUUUCUGGUACACCUGCUUUGUUCUACGCAAUGCAGUUAUAUUGUAAUAAUAUCUUUGUGUACACCAAAUGUCUGUAAGAUGAAAUCCAAACUCUAAAGCAAUUUCUGCCCAUUCAUCAUUUUUUUUAACUGGUGUUCAUUGAGAUUUUUAAAAUAACUAUGCACAAUUUUUAUGUUGGUGCCUUUUUUCUUUAAUUAUGAAUUUUUUGAAACCGUUACUCUAAAUACUCAUUUCUAAUGUCUUCCAUUUUUAUAAUGGGGGUCAUUUCCAUCUCUAAGCACAUCAUGUCAUUUAUGAAGAAACCAAGCAGUUGUAACAACAGCUGCAAUUUUUAAAUUAAAAAAAAAAUAGAUAACAUUAAUAGACUAACAUGAUUUUUGUCAACUAUCUGUUUUUUGUAAUAAGUAAUGUUAAUUUAUUCGCCACCAACUGUAUGAAUGUCAAUUUGCUAAAAAUACAAAUAUUAUAACAAUACUGUAGAACUACUUUGCCCACCAAUUAAUUUAUUAUUUUUAACCAAAAAAUAAGUAUUACUUUUUUUUCAUUUUUCCAUACUGUAUGACAGUGUAAACAAUUGUUACUUUCAUCUUAAAAAUAAUGGGGGGUUUUUAAUGGCUUUUUUUGUAUUACAAAGUAGAUCAUAUAGUAGUAAUAACUUUCUAGUGAUGUGCAAUGGAGUUUUAUUGACUAAUUACCUUAAUUUUAUGUAAUAAUUCUACAUGAGCACAUAAUGUCCAGAAGUGAGUUAACCUUAUAUAUAAGAACAAAAGCAACAUGUUAUUGAUUCAAUGAAACUUUUACUAUCAGUGGUAUUGCGAAGGUAGAGACUCGUAUCUCUGUAUCUUGGAUGAACAUUUGAAUUCUACCAAAUUUGGGUUUGGUUAAUAAAUUAAAUCCAAAAAAUUGUUGGUACUUUAUUUUUUAUACUGCACUUCACUUACCUUACCUUACAAUAUUCAUGUUACA